AUAUUACAAAACCUACAGUAUAUAAGCACCGUUGACGUAGUUGCCUCGAACUCCGAAUUUCAGAGGCCGUUGUCUCUGUUGAACAUGGAGGACAGUGUGCUUCUACGAGAGUGGUUCGACCGAGUUGACUCAGGGAAAACUGGAAGCAUCACCGCUACUCAACUCAAGAGCGCUUUCGCCAUCGGUAAUCUCAACUUUCCUCUUUCUGUCGUUCAACAAAUGAUCAGGAUGUAUGAUUUUGAUAGAAAUGGUACCAUGAGCUUUGAAGAAUUCCUUGCUCUCAACAAGUUCCUCGUCAAGGUCCAGCAAGCCUUCUCAGACUUAGAGAGGAAUCGUGGAUUCCUUGCAACCAAUGAUGUUUAUGAGGCAAUAAGCAAAAUUGGGUUCGUUUUGGAUUCUCCUGCAUUCUACACAGCAUGUGAGAGCUUUGAUCAGAAGAAGAAUGGGAGAUUGCAUCUGGAUGACUUCAUAUCACUUUGUAUAUUUUUGCAGUCUGCUCGAAACAUGUUUAAUGCAUUUGACACGGGAAAACAAGGGAGGGUUACUCUUGAUCUGAAUCAGUUUGUCUACUGCACCGCCAGCUGUAGAAUAUGACAUCGAGAAGACUGGGUAAACUGGACUUGAGAAAUUCGAAUAUAAUGACAUGGGGACUGAUAUCAUAUUCUGUUUGGGAAAAAAAAAUAUGCCAUAUAGUGUGCCAGUGAAUUUUCUUACUUGAUUGUAGAGCCGCUUCCCUAGUUCUUUUUGCAUUAACAAAUGGUUAUACUGUCUAGAUUUUUCAUGAAUCUGCCUGCCCGGUGUGGAUAAACUAGUUGAUGAAGGUGGUUGCUUUGAGCUUCUUUCAUAUUUAUCUUGUACGAAUGAUGAUGUUCAGAAAAUUCAAAUGAAAUAAAGGGGCAGUAAUGCCUACCACAUAUUUAUGA